AUGCCAGGCAGUGGGUAUUUGUCAAAUACGUUAUCUCGCUGGUCUAGUAAAGCAGGUUUUAAGAAGUGCUUUAUGGGAACGCUAGCACCAAAAAUCAUAAUUUCAGUUCUAAGAAGGGGUCAUAGCGUUUACAGUAUUGUGCACCUUCAUUACAAGAAAGCCAACUACAAUCACGCGAGACGUGAUUGGUCAUGGACACCAGAAUCUGGGAAACAACGCCGUGUCUUUCUGCGAUUCCGCUCUCAAGUUAGGGACCGAGACGUUAUGCAUUCCUCAUUCACAUCCAGGAAUGCAUAG